UUAGUGCAUGGUGGUGGAGCAAAUACAUGGUCAGUCUUUUUACUCUUUGAAGCCGGGUUACCCACCUCUGUUUAUCUGUAACAGUCCUAAACAACAAUUUUUGCAGGUACAAAUCGCAGGUUUGUCAAACGCGUUUACUACCCCACAGAAUCGCAGGAACGGAGCGUUUUCUUAACUUCAUGCAUUUUAGUGUUGUUGAAAUGUAUUCAGACAUGAUCCAGACCUCCGGUAACGAAAAUCACCUUCUUGUGACUUUCCGGCAGUGUAGACGCUAACGGUCUUUCACGUCGUUAAACGUGUGUCUACGGUCUAUCCUCACGGAACUGGCCAGGGAAUGCCGGAUGUAGAGAGUACAAAUGAAAACAGGACGUCAAUACAUUUAAGCUACUGUUCUGUGGAGAUAGUGAAAUUCAAUAGUGUUUUUACUGGCUGAGGGACAAGUGAUUUGACGACGAAGGAAAGGACUCGGAAAGCUACUGUAACAUGCAGUCUGUUUGUUAGUGCCGAGAGAAAGGGAAUCGUUGGACUGGAUAUUACUAUUAGCUUGCUUCUCAUUUUGCUGGCUAGUUAAGGAUUUUCUGCAUUGUCGAAAUGUGGUACUGAUUUAAGAACGCACGGGCACUGCAGGAACGAUAUUAAAAUUUCUCUAACGAUUACCGUUAGUUGGCAGAUAAAAUGGCGAACACGGUCAAACGAUAUGAUGGACAGACACUACUAGCGUUGCAAACGGUUUCAUCGAACCAAGUAAAGAACGAGGAUUGCAAGCGGACAUAAACCGUUGCACAGAAUUUAGGAAAUCUGUCUGGAUAUUAUUUUGUUUAUGUGAUCGUGCAAUGAAUUUUAUUGCGUUAUUCUAUCCAUCGUAGAUGGAUCCAACAUAAAGUCAAUUUAUAAUACUCUUUAUGUUAACAUACUGGUACCCACCGGUGCUGGGCAUUUGGGGUACGCUUUAAAUGUGUUAACUUGGCAUUUAUUGAAAACUAAAACAUGAAGACCGAACCUUUGAUGGACAGCACAGAUUGCACGCCCCUGGAUCUGAGAUUAGGUCCCAGCAGAAGUGAAGGGAGUGAAGAUCGAAUGAGCAGGGAAGAAAAAGAAAUACUAUCCAACAUCAAGGAGGAAGAUGAGGAAGGUGGGCAGUGGCAGAAUGAGGAGAUGAAGAGGGAAGAUGUUGUGAGCGAUGGAGUGGUCAAUGGACUGGAGCAAAAAAAGGAGACUGAUGCACAGAGGGAGAUAUCUGAAACUGAUAAAGCCUUGCAGAAGGACAGAAAGGUGAACAGUGGCAGGGAAUCGUCCUGUGUGAAACAGGAAGGGGAGGUCCGGUCAUCUCAUGCCACUUCCUGCCUGCUCAAACAGGCUGAAGAACCGAAUCGGCACCAGCUUGACACGGCGGACAUUUUACUUCCCGCAUUUUCUCCACCUCAUCCCUCGGGUAGCAGCGGGGACCAGGGAGAAAGGUCUCCAUGGAGACGGGAAGAGCUCUGGCCAGCACAAGAGGAGAGGCAAAUGAGGCAGGAGGGAAAGGUCAUAACCUGGAAGAGGAAGAUGAUUGACAGUUUGAAGGGCUCCCCAAAACGGCUGCCAGGCUCAUCAGAGAAAGCUACCUCUCCUGAAUCCUCAAUCUGUGACUUCCCUGUGACUUCCCCCACAAAUCAAGACACAGACCAGCCAAUCGAUGUGUGUCAGGUGUUCGCGUGCACCGAGUGCCCGUUCAUUCACGUGGAAGAAGAGAAGUUCCACCAGCACCUUGAGAAGGUCCACCCAGAGGAGCACGGCCGGAUGCUGAGGCCUGAAGACGUGGAAGCUGAGAUUCCACCGUCUCCCAGCAACACUACACACAAGCACCGCCCAUCCGACGGAGAAUCUGAGAUUCCACGGUCCCCCAGCAACACUACGCACAAGCACCGCCCACCCACUGAGGCUCCACCCGCCCCGACGCCGUCCGACGCGGGCGGCCCGACGGAGUACGCGUGCGCCCAGUGCGGGAAGAGCUUCAGGCGCCAGUCACUCCUGAAAAAGCACCAGCAGUCCCACAAAGGGCUCCGCCCGUACCCCUGCUCCGACUGCGGGAAGUGCUUCCGCUAUCAGUCCCACCUGACGGUGCACCAGCGGAUCCACACGGGGGAGCGCCCCUUCCUCUGCUCCUUCUGCGGGAAGGGGUUCAAAUCGGAGUCGCAGCAGAAGGAGCACCAGCAGACGCACACGGGCGAGCGCCCGUACCACUGCUCCCAGUGCGGCAAGAGCUUCAGCCAGUCCAACUCGCUGCGGCGGCACCAGCGGAUCCACACGGGCGAGCGGCCGUACCGCUGCCCGCAGUGCGGCGAGAGCUUCAGCCAGUCCAACUCGCUGACGCGGCACCAGCGCAUCCACACGGGCGAGGGGCUGUACCACUGCCCCCACUGCGGCAAGAGCUUCAACCAGUCGAGCGACCUGCGGGUGCACCUGCGCGUGCACACGGGCGAGCGACCCUUCCGCUGCUCCGAGUGCGGCAAGAGCUUCACCCAGGCCCGGGACCUGACGGUCCACCUGCGGGUCCACACAGGUGAGCGCCCCUUCCGGUGUUCUUACUGCGAAAAGAGUUUCAGUCAGUCCCGGGAUCUGACCGUCCACCUGCGCAUCCACACAGGCGAGGGGCUGUACCACUGCCCCCAGUGCGGGAAGAGCUUCAGCCGGGCCAACGCCCUGCGGCUGCACCAGCGGACGCACACGGGCGAGCGGCCGUUCCAGUGCCCCCAGUGUGGGAAGAGCUUCAGUCAGUCCAGCACCCUGACGCUCCACCUGAGGACGCACACGGGGGAGCGGCCGUUUCGGUGCGCCCAGUGCGGGAAGAGCUUCAGCCGCUCCAACACCCUGACGCGGCACCAGCGCACCCACGCCGGGGACGCCCCCCACCGCUGCCCCCAGUGCGGGAAGAGCUUCCGCCAGCUGGACACCCUGACGGCCCACCAGCGCGUCCACAAGGGGGAGCUCCCGCUGCGGUGCUCCCAGUGCGGGGAGAGCUUCCUGCACCUCAGCGCCAUGAUGGCGCACCAGGAGACGCACGCCGAGGAGUGCGUGUGGAUUUCGGUGAUAAGCGAUCUCGGCUGAAACGAACUGGGCCUGAGGUUUAAAAAGCAGGGACGGGGGGGGCGAUCCGGUUCCUGGCAGGCUUCAAUCCAUUUCUGGUUUUCUGUUUUGCUCUGUUCACCCUGGCUCAGUUAGCUGCUCAUGCAAACACCUUUAUUCACUCACAAAUUAGACCACUGUUAUUUACGUCCUUCGAUAAAACCCAGCCGUGGCAGAAGUACACGGCUGCCAUUUUUACUGAAGGUUUAAACCCAACACUACUGACACGCUGUAAUUCGAGCUCUUUGGUCUCAGAUGAGUUGGUGCGAAGCCCCCUCUCUCUGGAGCAGAUACCGUACGGCACACCGUGUUCUCCCCAUGAUUAAAGCAGCUCAGUCUGUACUAUUACACUGACCCUGCGGUCAGUGUGAUGCCUCAGGCUGUUCGGAUGAGAUGCAGAUCCGUUGACUGUGACACUGGCUGAGACAGUCUCACUGAACGCUACAGGCUACGGGCUAGCGUUUCUCCAGCACGGUCUGUUUUCCUUCCAGCGUUAGCAACUCAAAAGAACGUGUUUGUUUUCGGCGUGACCCUUUACCUGUGCGUUACGAAAGGCGAUCCAACGGAACGGAAACGCACAGAAAUGUAUUUCCUGCGUUGUGUAAAAUUCUGUGUAGUACUUGUCUUCAAGUUUUGAAUAAAUUCAGUGACAUUA